CCGAGGGGUGUGUGUGUGACACGAGCCUUCAUAUUCCCCUGUCGUGAAGCUGAAAACUCUUAGAACAGCAAGACGUCAAGCGGACAAAACCAAAAACAGACAAGAAAAGCCAGCGAGAGAGGGAGAUGAAGACCUUCAUGAGCCAAAGUCAGCCCGCGCAGCGCGGAGCCGCUGGCAGCCCGCACAGCCUCAGCAGCAGCAGCAGCGCCGUGAGUCCACUCAGCACGGCCAGCAUCACCCUAGCUGCCCUGCUCAUCCUCACCAUCCCAACCUGCAACAGUGCUCCGGCAGAACUUCAGCAAGCCACAACAGAUCAGAUGCAGCUAUUUAGCCAGAUAGAUGCUGUGUGCUCAUCCUACCUCUCUGCAGACCCGAAGUUUUGGGCAUCUGAUGUCUUAGGAGAACUCUGUGUCUUGAUGCUGGUUCAGAAGUCAAAGGAGUUGAAAGUGCGAGAAAAUAGUAAAAGGACCCCUGUGUCACACCCUCUCCUGCAUCUAGUUUCUCAACUCCAUACCAGAGGAGAGAAAGGACUCUCAAUGCACGCCGAACUCCAGGGACCUGGGGGAAUCCAGAGUAGAGGUUACUUCCUCUAUCGGCCAAGAAAUGGGAGACGAUCCUUAGAAUAUGAGUAAAUUAAAGAGACUCAACCUCAGAAGAUUAGUGUACAGACAACACAGACCCUGAGACCAGAGCUGCUGCACCACGACUGAGUGAUCUAGACUUCAACCACAGCCCUCUGCCACUGCUGUUUAGUGAAAGAAUAUGAUUAAAGUACUAUCCAUUUGUCCAGAUUUUAUUAUAUGUUUUAUGUGUGUCAUUUGCAUUAAAACUGCUAUAAUGUGGCCAGGUCUAGUUGUGUAAGUUUGAUUUGCCUACACAUUAUGAAUACUAGUUACUGUAUGCAUGAACAAAUGCAGAUACAUACAUAUCUUAAAAACUUUUGCCUGUUGUACACUGAAAUUAAAACCACUUAAGGAAUA